UUGGCUGCCGCGCGCUGCUGGAAAAGGUGGAAGCAGAAGCUGAAGGACGGUUGGUGCUUAAGCGCUGAAUAGGAGUUCUCUUGGUUUGCCUGCAUGUGUGUGCCCGUUCGCACGUGUAUUGGAAGGCGCUGGAGGUUUUGCAUUGUUUUUGGAGAUUGCCGUGCAGGGUUUUAAGCGUUAUGAUUGCAGUCAACGUAUAGAACAAGUAUCAUGCAACCAGCAGGGGCUCUAACCCCCCAGGACCUAAGAGAAGAGCCUUCUGGAACGCCAUCAGUGGGAAGCUACUUGGAUUUCAUGGGCAAACUCUGAUUACUGAGAAAUGUACAGUUUCUGUGUUUUCAGAAUAACAGGUUGAUUGUUUUUCCCUUGCAUGUUACAAAUAACCUUACAAGAGCAAAGGAAGUUUAAUAAUGGCAAAUAAUAUCACCCCGGUCCGGGCAGGAGCUGUAAAUGUUCCUUUUGGCCACGUGAUUGGCCAUGAGAAAUGGAAGGGCUCACAGAUUGCUCAGGAGAUGCAAGGGAAAAUUAAGCUUAUUCUAGAAGAUGGCCUGGGAGUUGUGGACUUUCAUCUUCCAAAUAGAUCCUGUGUCCUCUAUGUUUCUGAAGCAGAUCUGGUGGCAGGAAAUGGCUUCAAAAGAAGACUUGUUCGUUUUAGAAAUGCGUGCAAUCUUCAAGGGAUUGUAUUAGUUGAAAAAACCCAGAUAAGCAACCAGUAUUUCCCCGAAGUGCAGAAAUUUGUCGUCCUGGAACUUGGAAUGACAUUACUUCCAGUGGCCAGCCAAAAGGAAGCUGCUCAACUUAUCGUUCAGUUGGUGCACGAGCAAACUAAGUCCAGUAAUCCCUUCCAUAGUAAGAAAUCCACAAAGUUCUUGGAGUCAUCUGUAUUCCACACAGUUCAGCAGAUUCCAGGAGUUGGAAAAACAAAGGCGUUGCUUCUUCUGGAAAACUUUGGAAAUCUCCAUCAGCUUUGCAAUGCCUCUGUCCAGGAGCUCGAAAGAAUAGUUGGCCACAGCCUGGCACAACAAAUCCAUACAUUCUUCACACAGACAAAAUAAUCACGGUUUUUCAGUAUCAGAGAGAAGCUUUUUGAAAGGCUGGCACAUUCUCUUACACACAUGGUUGGAUUUCAGUUUGUAUGAAACACAGAGAGCCUUCUGUUACAUUUGAGGAACAAAUAAACCAGGAAAUUAUUUUUAAGCUCCAUGUUUCCUCCAUCUGGGCUUUGUCAGGGAUAACCUUGGCUUUCAACUAAGGACAGCUGGAAGUGAUGCUGCUUUUUAUGAAUUGCAUUGGAUGCUUCCUCCUGGAGAAUUAGCUGUAGCACCAACAUCCCAUUUGUCUCCCUCUAAAUAGUCUUUAUUAAUGUAUUAACAGUUUCUUAAGUAAGUUGUUCUUCAUGUCAAGCUCAGCUCCUUCUUAAAGGAACAGUCAAAUAAGGCUGACUUCAUCUCUGUUUGUUAAGACUGUUGAAAGAUAUGAGGUCAACUUUUUGAGCAGAAAAAGAGCAGGUGGUUAAAUGUAAAUGAAUUUUACGUUCGUUCAGAAGACCAUCCCUAUUGCAAAGUAGCUUUGGACGCAUAAGGGGAACCUAAUCAAUCCACUUGACUUUUGUCUACCGUUCAUAACUUGUUUUUGGAGAAGUUUUAUGAAUUCUAAGCUGCUGAGCGUCUGCCUUGAAUGGAUUAUUUGCUGACUGACUAUUGUGAACAGUAAGAUGUUAUGUAUUUGAUUUUUGUUCUUGUUAAAGUCAGUGGCCAAUUCCCUGUUCUGAUUAGCUUGAAUAAUAGUGAUGAGAUAAUAGUAGCUGACUGGAUGGGUCAUCAGUUAUGAGGCUUGUUCUCACUUGGUCUUCAUAAGAUUGGCCCAAGGAGGUCACUUUGGACAAACAGCACUAUAAAACCCCAGCACUAUAAAACCUUGUUUCUCUCUGGAAUUAAGUAUGAUUCUGCAAAACCUUAUUUAUAGGUGUCAUCUAGGCUUUCCUCCAUUCUUGAUCUGUGCUCCUAUGGAUCUGCUCUAUCAAAAACAUUUUGUGACAGGUGGGCAUGGGAGGAAACUACUGCAGGAGUGGAACCUGAACAUUCUUUUUGCACAAGGCACCUUAAGUGCUGCCAAACUGAAAUAUGUAGGAGUAUCUGAGUGAGUGAGUGAGUCAUACUUCUUAGCUGCCCAGAGGCACUCUAUAUCACUUCCAGCAAAGUUAUGCUUCUGUGGAGCUUAAAGGUUGUAACCUGGUCCUUUCAACCAAAACUCCCACACGUCUUUCAAAGAAAGUACACAUACCUCACAUCAAGUAGGAUGGGGCAGAGUUACCCUUUUGGCACUUGACUGUACGUGGUCUAGUUCUACAGACAGCUUGGGCGAGCAGCUGUUUCUUAGGGGAUGAAAUAGAGAAAGAUACUCAAGCUUGGUUCUGGGUGCCUGUGUUGGUCCAGUUUUCUCGGCAAUGUUGCAGGAGUGGUUUCCCACUGCUGCCUUCCAGCAUUUAUUUAUUUUUUACUUCUAUUCUAGUCGCGUCACCCCAGAAUGUCUUGGCGGUAUUUCUUCUAAGUGUUAAGUAGGUCCUCCCAUGCUUAGCUUUUUGAAAUCAGCCAAGAUUGAGUAGGUGCAGCCAUCUAACUGGGCAGAGAAAGAGCCUAAGGCAGUUUUGACCUCUUGAACAGUAUUUAUCAUUACAGGCACCCCUCAUUCAUGGCUGAGUUCACAUUGUUCUAAGCCAAGGAUGAACUUUGUUGAUGGCUGAAGGCCACAAUUAACAGUAGGCAGGUUGAUAAUGCAAAACGGGUUAAUCCAAUACUCUUGCUACGUCACAGAGGAUUUGCACAGGGGUGUUUAGAAGCAGGUUUUGCAAUUCAGGGGAGAUGUUCCAGGUACAUGCAGGAAGACACUGUGUUAAAACGAUUGAGAUUCCUUCCCUCACGCCCCCUGAGUCAACAGAAGGGCAAAACCAUUAAGGUAAUCUUGUCUUGUAUGAAAGAUAACAAAAGGUGCCCUCGGGUGCCUGCCUUUCUCCAGGAAAUUCAGCUGUAGUCAUUUAAUAAUCUUGUAAAAAAAAAAUUUAUUUUAAAAGGGCAGGUAGGACAACUGCUAGAAUUGCAAGGUAACCACACCUUUAUGGAAUAGACUUGGGGGUUUCAAGGGAAUGGUGACUUGAUGAGGUGGCUACAUUGUUUGUAACCUCUAAUGUUCUC